CCCUCGCUUUCGUUCCCCUUCUCCCUCUCCCGAACCCACCUUUCUCUCAUGGCUUCUUCGUCGUCCUCCUACUCCUUCUCCCACCUCGACCUCACCUUCCUCUUCUUCCUCCUCCCGAGCACCUUCCUCUCGCCAUUAAUGGCGCUCCUCGUGUUGCUCCUCUGCGCGCUCUGGUUCUACCCGGGCGGCCUCGCGUGGGCCGUGUCGAGGGCGUACAAGUCCAUCCCGGGGCCCCCGGGCGUCGUCCUCGCGCUCUCCGGCCCCUGCGCGCACCGCGCCCUCGCCUCGCUCGCCAGAUCCGCGCAGGCGAUCCCGCUCAUGGCGUUCUCGGUGGGGCUCACCCGGUUCGUCGUCUCGUGCGAGCCCAACACGGCCCGGGAGAUCCUGAACAGCUCCGCCUUCGCCGAUCGCCCCGUCAAGGAAUCCGCGUACGAGCUCCUCUUCCACCGCGCCAUGGGCUUCGCCCCCUUCGGCGAGUACUGGCGCAACCUCCGCCGCGUCUCCGCCACCCACUUGUUCGGCCCCCGCGGGAUCUCCGCCUCCGCCCCGCACCGCCGCCUCAUCGGCGAUCGGAUGCUCGGCGACGUCGAAACCCUAAUGCGAAGGGACGGCUCCGUCGAGAUCAAGCGCGUCCUCCAUUUCGCAUCUCUGAACAGCAUGAUGGCGAGCGUGUUCGGGAAAACUUUCGAUUUCGCGAAGGGGGAGGGCGCGGAGUUGGAAGGGAUGGUGAGGGAGGGUUACGAGCUCCUGGGGCUGUUCAACUGGAGCGACCAUUUCCCCAUCCUGGGCUGGUUCGAUCUGCAGGGCGUGCGGAGGAGGUGCAGGAGCUUGGUGAAGAGGGUGAACGUGUUUGUGGGGGAGAUCAUAGAGGAGCAUAGGAUGAGGCGGAGGAGGAGGAUGAUGAGUACUGGUGGUGGGGGAGUUAUGGGGGACGUUGUUGGCGACUUCGUGGAUGUGUUGCUCGAUCUGGAAAAGGAGGCCAAGCUCUCUGAUGCUGAUAUCGUUGCUGUCCUUUGGGAGAUGAUAUUUAGAGGGACGGACACAGUGGCGAUACUGCUGGAGUGGAUCACGGCCCGGAUGGUGCUGCACGAGGACAUCCAACGGAAAGCGCAGGCGGAGAUCGACGCCGCGGUGGGCGACCGCGCAGUCUCGGAGGCGGACAUCCCGAACCUCCCGUACCUGCAGGCCGUGGUGAAAGAGACGCUCCGGAUGCACCCCCCGGGCCCGCUGCUCUCGUGGGCGCGGCUCGCCGUCCACGACGCCCACGUGGGAGAGCACCUCGUCCCCGCCGGCACCACCGCGAUGGUCAACAUGUGGGCCAUCGCCCACGACGCCUCUAUCUGGCCGCAGCCCGACGACUUCCGCCCCGACCGCUUCGUCGGCGACGACGACGUCAGCGUGCUCGGGUCCGACCUCCGGCUGGCGCCUUUCGGGGCCGGGCGGAGGGUCUGCCCCGGGAAGGCGAUGGGCCUCGCCACCGUCCACCUCUGGCUGGCCCAGCUGCUGCAGAGGUUCGACUGGCUCCCCUCCGAACACCACGGCGUCGACCUCUCCGAGUGCUUGAAAAUGUCCCUGGAGAUGAAGAAUCCGCUUGUGUGUAAAGCUGUUCCCAGAAGCUCUGCUUCUAAUUAUUAACUAGUAGUAGUACCUAGUAGUGGUGUCGAAAGCUCUGGUGCUAGGCUAGCUCUUGGGGAUGGCAAUGCUUAUCUCCAUAAUUUUGUAACUUUGGCUAGUUAGGGUCGGGUACGUCUUAAUGCGUGCAUGGGGUUUUAAGUUUGCUCUUUUCUAAUGCUUUAAUAUAUAUAUAUAUAUAUUAGUUGUUAUAUAUAUAUAUAUAUAUAUAUAUAGGGUGUAAUGUGUUCUUGUCUUAGUUUGUCCGUAAUGUGAAUAUAGGUUGGAAGGUUAAAUGCUAAUGUGCUAAUGUUAUGUUGUCUCUAGUUACUUAAACUGGGGGUUGGUGACCGAACACUAAUGUGACUAAUCUUGUAUGCUGGUUGUGUCAUGCAAUGUACACAGCUUUCGGCAAUCCAUGGAAAAAUAGUUCCCUUAAUUUGGCAAAUGAAAA